UCAGCUGUCUCCGGCAACGUACCGUUACAUCUGUUUCGCGUUGCAAAAUACGCUUUUUUCGUGAUCUCGUUUUGCAUUAAAAAGAUCGAGAUAAAAGCAAUUCAUCUAAAAGAGUCAUUUUAUUUAGUUUCUUCUGUAGGAAUACAACAAGCCAGAACUGCGCAUGUAAAACCAUAAUAAUGCAUCCGAUGUCUUCACGUUCCCUGAAUAACGGGGAGAUAUUUGACUUUGUACAGAGAGGAAACCUUGAGCACUGCAAAGCCAUCAUUGAAAAUGACCGAGCAGUCCUCAGGCAAAAAGGCUGGGGUGGUUUCACUCCCCUGCACUACGCUGCCCUCCAUGGUAACCGUGCCAUGGUUGACCUUUUCCUCAGCAACGCCGCAGACCCCAACCUCACCUGCGAUGCGGGGCAGUCGGCUUUGCACUUUGCUUGCAGGCAAGGAAACAUUGACAUCAUUCAUAAAAUGAUACAGCAUGGAGCUGACCUGCGUGUCAGAGAUCUGCAAGGAAAAUCCUCUCUGCAUCAUGCCGUGACAGGCGGCAGCAUCGUUGCAGUGCACUAUUUGUGGGAGACGGAAAUGUUCCGUUUCACUGACACAGACAUGCACCAGAUGACCCCCCUUCAUUUGGCGGCAUCUACGGGCAACACAGAUAUGGUCCAGUACCUCCUCAGAAACCAGCGUUGUGCUGUGGAUGCUGUCGAGCAACAGGGGGCGACGGCACUUCAUGUCGCGGCUGAGCGAGGAUGCGUGGAGGUGUGCUGGACUCUGCUGCAAAAAGCUGGGUGCAGGGCCCUUCAUGAGAAAAACCUCAACGGCCUCAAACCGCUGGACCUCAGCAAACAGGGGAAAACAUUUCGGCAUCAGCAACUCACCAAACUACUGAGCCAGUAUAUGAACGUGCCAAUCCACCACAAGCCCAAAGAGUCUCAUGUUUUGUACUACUGGAGACUGUUUUUUCCAAGCCUGAGCGGAGCCACCAUUCUCCUGAUAGCAGCCAUGUUGGGAGGUUAUGGUGGUGUCCUUUGUGGUUUACUCUUCCCUUGGCUGGCCAGAAGCAUCUUCACUCAGUACCACCGCAUGGCCACAUACCAAAGGUUACCCAACCCUAUUUACCUGGGAACCCUCAUAGCAGGCUUGCUCCAUUCCCUGGUUUGCUUUUAUGGGAAACUAGCACCUAGUGUGUGGCCGAGCAGUGCCCUGGUCCAGGUGUCGACGGUCCACUUCUGCUUAGUCCUCGGUUUGUUCUGUAAGGUUCUGACUCAGGACCCUGGGACACUGGAAUGCGCAGAUGCAGACCCUCGGUUCUCCUGCAUCGCUGACCUAGUAGAGAAGAACCAAAGCCCUCACAGGUUCUGUCCCUACUGUGAGUUAUUCCAGCCUGACUACACUAAACACUGCAAGCUCUGCGAUGUGUGCGUUCAGGACUACGACCACCACUGCCUUUUCCUAAAGCGGUGCAUUGGCCAGGCUAACCAUCGCCUCUUCCUCAUCUUCAUCCUCUCCACGAUGACAGGCCGCUUGUUGUUUGUCGCCACGGCAACAAGUUACCUGUACGACAAGAUGUCAGCCAGCAGCUUGUCGUCGUGGCUCACGUUCUUGGGGAGUGAGUUCUGGGUCACUGGGAUGGUGGUUAUGAAUUCCAUAACACUCUUGUGGGAGGUGUGGCUGCUGACAGAGCAGUUGCAUGCCAUCGCUAUGGCAACAACAACUUACUUCAGACACUAUGAAAAUGUGAGGCGACACAGGUCACUUGGACAGCGCUGCAUUGCGGUGGUGACAUUUCUGCUUGAGGGACGGAGACGGGUGGGCAGUGGACAUCAUAGAGAUGACAAAGUGGCAAUAGACAUUUAAAACUGUCACACCUUGUAUCUAGUUUUCUGACCAUCUGCACUGAGUAAAUAAUUUAGUCCAUUAGUCAGCAUUAGAAAAAUUCAUGGACACUUCAUGACUUACAUCAGUUUAAUGUAUUGAGAUGGAAUACAAGAGAUGUAUUGACAAUUGUGCUUUACAAACAACAGUUUGGCACAAUAGAGAGAGGAAUUCAUUUAGCGUUGUAUACCUGAUUUUGAUAUACGGCGUGUGUGUGUAGCUCUCAGCAUGAUGCAAUAUAGUUUGAGACCACUGCAACCUCAAACCACAACAACAUGUUGCAAAAUAAAUGGCUAGUGUCAACACAAAGUGUUAUUAUCUUUGUAAGGCAGAGUUUGGUUACAGCUUUUGCGCUAGAGCUCACCGUAUGCAUACAGUGAGAUCUAGUAGGUACGUACAUCCAUGGGUGUACAUAUUGACGUUCCCUUUGAGUAUUUUCCAGGACAUUGUCAGUUACAGUAGUAAUGAGGCUCUCAAAGCUUAUGCAUGCAUGCAUGUGUGUCGAUAUUUUACUACUGGGAGCAUUAAUACUUGAUUGAUUAU